AUGCCUCGCGCAACGCGCUCAUCCAGCAGAAAAGCGCAGCAGACGAAGAAGAAAAAGCUUCCAGCAGCUGCUACUCCGACGAGAUCCUCCAUCACGUCCGUUACCGCGCCUUUGCACAAGACCACAAGAUCAACCCGCUCCCCCUCCCCUUCCAUCUCAGUUACCAGCGACGAUGAAAGGAAAGGGGGUGAUAUCUCCAGUGGCGCCUUAGCACCAGAAAUUUCAGACCUCUCCGAGAUCGACAGCAUCUUCGCCGAUCUCGACGACGACAACGAUGACGGAACCGGCAGUAAGACCGCACAACGCACGUCCUCAUCCGACCCUGCUCCCACCACCACCACCAAGACCGAGGACAACGAUAAUAACAAAGAGUCAAAGGAACAAACCGGGGAAGAAGUAGUCGAAGAAGUGGUCGACGAAGCGGUCGACGAAGCGGUCGACGAAGCGGUCGAAGAAGCUGUGGAAGAAGAAGAAGAGGGACAAGACCUCGCCGCCGUCUUCGCGCACCUCGCGCCCACAGCCGGUACUUUGACGACAUUGCAGACGCAGCUAGAAGCCGCGCUCGCGGCCAUUGCGGCGGGCGAGGCCAGCGAGGCCGAUGCGGUCGAGGAGAAUUUGGUAGGAUUUUGUGAGGAGGUAGAGAAGCUAGGGGCUGUCCACGAGGCUGCGACUGAGUGGUUUGAGAGGAGUCGUGAUGGGGGCGAAGCGUUUUGGAACGCAAAUGGUGGUUCGGAGGGGGAGGAGCAGAGUCGGGGCCAGCAGGAUUGGGAUUUCGAGGGGGAGAGGAGGAAGUGGGGUGUUUUGGUUGAGGGGGUGGUGGGGACGGUCAAGGGGUGGGGGUUGGAGGGGGGAGAGAGCGAUGGUGUGGAGGACGAGGAGUGGGUUGGGGAUGGUGGGGAUGAGGACGAGGACGAUGAGUGGAUAGAGGGAGAGGAGAAGGCGAAGAGGAAGAGAGGGAGAGGGAGAAGUAAGAACAGGGCGAAGUCGGAUAAGGUGGGAGUUGGUAGAGCGAGAAAGAAGGAAGGCAGUAGGCCAACGAAGCGACAGAAGAUGGAGGAAACAUCGGAGACAAAGAGCGUGCGUGGGCGCAAAGAAGAGGCGCAGAAACUACAGGAUACGACAGUGCCUGACGAAAAGAACGAAAUGCCCAGAAAUAUGGAUGCUCCCGUCGCGGGGGAGAAGAAGCAAGACGGUAAGGAAGUAAAUGCAGACAACUGGGAAGAGUUCGAGAUUGACUGGGACAUUUGA